CAGAUUUUUGAAGUGAAGUCUUAGUUUAAGCUGUCACUUUGAAAACGCGGUUGUGGAAGUGACACGCUGUCCCGGACGGGUGCGGAUACAGUAUAACUUCAUCUGUGUGCAGUAGAGACCACGGGUACAGUGACAGUGUGUGCUGCAGAGACCACGGGUACAGUGACAGUACCGGAACGAUACGUAUCCCGUGGCGGUGGCGCUGGCGCGACCUGCCGGCUCUACCUAGUACUACAGGUACCGAGCGUGGAGCGUCGUGUGUGGUCCUCGGUGGGGAUAGGACGGUGCCGUGCCGUGCCGUCCCGUCAGUUCCUACGAUAUCAAUCAUUGCCCGGCCCGACUCGGCGUACAAGUACUGUUAAACAAAUGUGGUUGCGGUCGCGGUCGCGAAACGCGUAGUCCCCGGUGUGGUGUGUGCGAGACGUGAUGGCUCUCGAGACGGAGAGGUGUAGCCCGAGCAGCGCGGCCAGUCCGGGUCCCACGACGAAUAGACGGCCGGGCUCCGAGGCCGCCAGUGGGUACCCUCAGAGUGGACCGGGGGACGAGGCUACCGCCGAUGCUAAGACCAAACCGAAAUCUGCGUUCCAUCAAAUCGCCUUGCUGACGAGAUGUUCCAGUCCACCGAGUUCCGUCAACGACCCCGAUCCUUGCGAGACCACUAGUAACCCCGUCUUUAUCUGCCAGAAAGGCGAUGAGUCCACUCCGAACCAUCCAUUCGACAGGCCGUCGUUCCGGAUCAGAAGAGUUCCCGACGUCAAGAUUCCCAGCAGGCCACACUCCAAUGAGAGUUGUUCGAACCAUUCCGUGAAGCAAAGUCCGACCGAUAAGCAGCCGUACAGUGAUUCCUCGUCAGCCUGUUCUCCUAGUCCGAUAUCUCCGGAGCGGCGGAACGGCUUUGCGAGCGACACACGCAGCCACCUCUACCAUCCCAACAUGGCGAGUCUCUCCCUCGUGUACGGCCUGGGGGUUAUUCCCAACAGGUUUCCACUGAGUCUUCACCUACCUACUGUGUACCCUGAGGUUCCCGCCACGAUGCCGGUGCUACAGACACCUAUUAAGCCCCCGGAAUCUAUAAGCAUGUUUGUCGGAAGGUCUAUGCCCGUCCCUUUGCCCGACCAUCAGGGAUUCGUGGAUAGCCGGCUGCUAGGCUCCAUCAAGCCCCAGAAGAGCGCCAAGGACCUGCUCGGUUACCCUGUUGUGGAUUUCAGACCCGGCUCAUCGUGUGGAUCUACACAAGGUCGCCAGUGCGACUGCUGCAGAUCUCCUUCCCCGAGAUCUCCGUCACCUCAGCACCCAGCGGGCCCAGGACCUUCCGCCUUGACUUUCUCGGUGGAUAACAUCUUGCGACCUGACUUCGGGAGACUCACCCGCUCACUCAAAUCGCCACCACUCUCUUGUAGUCAGCAGAUUAGAAGGAAGACCUCCAAGAGCGCGUUGAAGACGGCAGCUAUUAGUGGCGAAGACUGUGGGAAGCAGACGGACAAGUUGCAGCAAGCGGGAGAUCAGCUGUCUUCUGGGGCAGCGUCCUCUGCAGAGGACAAGGACAACAACGGACAAGUGUGGCCAGCCUGGGUGUACUGCACGCGCUACUCUGACCGCCCAUCCUCAGGUCCUAGGUCUAGACGUGUGAAGCGGAAAGACAAACGACCUGAGGAGAAGAGACCUAGAACGGCGUUCAGCGGGGAGCAGCUGUCAAGGUUGAAGAGUGAGUUCUCGGAAAACAGGUAUCUGACAGAGAAGAGGAGGCAAGAGCUGGCCAGCGAGCUGGGACUGAACGAAGCUCAGAUCAAGAUCUGGUUCCAGAACAAGAGAGCCAAGAUCAAGAAGGCGACGGGCACCAAGAACCCGCUGGCGCUGCAGCUGAUGGCGCAGGGCCUCUACAACCACAGCACUGUGCCGCUUAGUGAGGAGGAGGACGAGGAGGGAGAGCCCAGUAGACAAUGAGUUGAACUGACGUAUUAACUACACAGAUUGUGACAUUAUCGGUUAUUGUGACACUGUUGCGACGCUUAUACUGCACAACAGUGCCAGAGAACAUUGUGGUCUAGAUUGAUCGGUUUACAGAUAGAAUAAACAUAAGUAUACAGGCCAACGGUCCCGGUUGUUGGUAGAGAACAACUGAUCUGGAGACGUAUGCUUGACAUCAUUUUACAAUUCAAUAAGCUCAGUGAGAGACGACAUUUGAUACUCAUAUUUCUGAACAAUAAUAAUACUAAUUAUAAUAGCUACACUGUUGAAUAUUAUGCAUUAUAAAAACACAGUUAAACCACAUGUUCGUACUGUUAGUUUUCUUUUAAAAUAACUUAAUUAUUACUUACACAGUGUUCUAUGUUUUAGAUUAUUACAAAUCAACUCAUUAAGCCAAAGGAAACAUAUCCCGUAAAUAAUUCUUAAAACAAAACAUACUUCUUCAUUCAUAACAAUGACACGUUAAGCAACAUAAGUAAGAUUUCCAAUUAAUGAAAGCAAUGACACACGAUCAGGCUGUAGUAACGGGCUAGUUAGAAAAAUAACUCAGUAAAAGAAACUAUAUUCUCAGAAAACUAUUGAUUGCACGUUUUUCCCUUUUCGUAAUUAUCCCAUAGUUUUUCAUGAAAGAACAGGUGACUCCGAAUUCAAACUGGAAAACUAACGAUUCUAACAUAUAAAUAUUAGCGUUAUGUGAUAUUGUUCUACAGUUAAGCUUUGACAAAUGCGAUAUAUAUGUAUCGAUUAUAUAUGAUCGCAUACGUUUCCUAGUGCCGCUAAGAGCACUGGAAAAUAUACAUUAUUAUUUGCACUGAUCUGUGUAUACACUGUAAUAGCUGACAGAUAAAGUAGUGUGAUCAUAGUAUACUGUAAUGCAGUCUAUAGUGAGAAUUUUGUAUUUCACAGUAAAAAUACUAUGGCAACCAUGUGAGGGUCAUUGUAUAAAGAACCGUAUAUGGGCUAAUUUUGUAUAUUUUUGUGACAUAAUGUAAAUUUAAUUUGGUUUACAAAUACCACAUUGUAAUAUUAUUUUUCUACAUAAGAUUUGCGAUAUUAGUAGUUAAAUUUACCCGUAGCUUUAAUGCGAUCGUAGUAUUUAGUUUUAGACCCGUAUAUACACGGAUCGAUAAAAGUGUUUGCCGAGGUUCUUUGUUGAGUAAUGCUGAGACCUUUGACAAAGUAAUGAAAGAGUGUAAAGAAAGAGUCAUGCCAGAUUUUAAGUCAAUUGUUGGUUGAGGCUAGUAAGAGUCUUACAGUUAAAGUUAUGUUAAUAUCACUGUGCCAACAUUCUACGAUGAAUAAAUGUAAGUGCAAUAAUAGUUUUACGUGAUUUGUGUAUCUAUUUGAAAUGUGUAACUACUCGAUAUGUUACUUAGAAAGAUACAGAAUGAAUGAUCUUUUUAGAUUUUAGUUUUUUUUGUUUAGUAGGCCUACUCAGCUUAUUUUAGUUUUACGAUUUUAAGAAGAAAUUUAUCGGUUUAAAAGUAUUAUAUGUUGCUUGGGUUAUCUACACGAAAUUUUAAAAUUUAACUUACUAAAUAUAUAUCACUAAGUGAUAUAUAAUUACAUCACUAUAUUCAUUGACCAUUAUAACUAAUAUAGAAAUUAUGAAAAGCUUUUAGAAAUGUGAAAACACCGGAAAGUACGGUAAUAACGGAAUUUGUAUUUUUCUGUCCAUCAAAGCUAUUUAUUACAAAUGUUUAUUUUUGCUCUUAGCAUACUUUAGCGACACCAGUAAAUAUAACUCUAUUAAUUAAGUAAUUCAAGUGUUUUCCUUUUUAAACCAAGAAACAUUUAAAUGAGUUUCAAAUAAUAUUGAGUCUACUAACUGUAGACGUAUUCUAGGCUGUAAUAUGCUAUGUUGGAAGCAUUUGAAGUCUAGAAAUAAUAAUGUAUUCCUAGUAAUUUAAUGUAGUAAUUUUAUUGUCAAUUGUAGAAUAGUUUAAUAUAUUUAACAUGCUUAUUUGUAACACAAAGAUGGCGUGUACGUGACAAAGUGAUUUGUAGCUAGGCAAAGAUGUGAACUGACUUUUCUGAAUAUUUCUAUGUAUAGAAACGUAUAUCCUUAUUUCUAUAGCCCUGUAUCUGUUUUUGUGAAGAUUUAACGGUAUACAAUGCGUUUUUAUUAGUUAUAGACAUUUCCCCUUAAUUUUUCAUCUUAGUAUCACGUGACGUGUGUUUAGACUGCAGGGACUUCAACCACCCUUGGAACCGAACUAAAUUACGUAAUUAAUAUUAACUAACCAAUAUAUAAAAUUUUUUACAUACGCAAAUGUCCACAACAACUGAUUGUUCAAUAUUUCAGUGAAAUCAGAUGCUUUUAUUGAAAUCUAAAGUACAUAAAUACAAACAUAAUCAUGUAUAUUUUAUAAAGUAUUAUUUUGCAUAUACCAUUUCUAAUAGAUAUUUAUUUGUGACAUUUAAGUAAUAAGGUACUUGUUUUGAUAUUUGCCUAUCAAAUUCUAUGUUCCAAAAAAAUACCUAAUCGAUUAAAGUCCCUUCCAUGUGUUCUACGAAUCAUUUCAGUUAGUCAAUCACAUUCAAGCCUACAACUUUACUUUCCAACAUGUCUGUACUCUGUCAUCACUAGUCAACUCUUCAUAUCUCAAGCUAUAUCUUUGUAAAUACCUUCAGUUUUCAUAUAAAUAUUAUACUGUAAAUAGUGUUGUAUAGUGUAGUACGGUACAUGCUUUAUUUAAUAUAUUUAAUUUCUCUUUUUCUUUAAUAUGAGACUGAAUAUUGAACCAUAGAAGCCAUACUAGAUAUAGGCUUUGUGACGCAUAUUGUAUGAUACAACCAAUAAAGUUUUUUUGAGAA